AAGGGAGUGAAGGCGGAUCAGAAUAACAAAGUAUAUUUAAGGACUAAAAAGGAGGUUAAAAGAAAUCCUAACCCUGAGAAUUAGACCAUCUACUCGUAGACCAAGAGGUCUACGAUCCAAUCAACAAGAUGUUUUCUUGCAAAACAUGCGCAUGAGAAAUAUGAUGUGAAUACAGCUCUUCCACAUAAUGGCCCUGGGAAUCGGGGGUGCUGAAGCAUAUCUACAUGUAUAUGGCUCAGCGGAAACGUUUGCAAACCAAAAAAGGAGUGAAUAAUGACAUGAAUGAGUGAUCUGUAGAGCUUUACUGUGACUCAUUUGAUGACAAUCUGUUCGGCAUGUUCGGUGGAUUGGCAUGAUUUAAAGAAUGCCACUCAUAAUAUACAAUUGAAAUCUACAAGGAAUCGCUACGGGCAAGAUGAAACUCGUAACAUUCACCAAGUUCACGUUACUGACUAUAGCAUUCACCUCUUUGACCAAUGCUGCAAAUAUCCUUGUUACUGUCUUAGUUCCAGAAUACACCAGUCAUCCUAAAAGCAUGUCCGCUAUAACAGGAGCAUUGAGCAGUCGCGGCCACAACGUCACCAUCCUGACCUGCUCAUUUGUAGGAACAGAAGGCUUCCCGAGGGACACCUACAACACCGCCCUCCACUACCGCUUCGAUGUUCCUUCAGGAUACGAGGGCACCCUGGACACCAUGAUAGAGGAUUUCUUUCAGAAGGGUCCGUUAAGUAAUAUGAUAGAUAUAGGGAAACUGUACUCUUGGAUAAGGUUAGCUUGCCAAAGUCUCCUUGAGGACUCCGCUGUUCUGUUUCGGCUGAAGGAAUCACAUUUUGAUAUCCUGAUCGGGGAUGUCGCUGACGGAUGUGAUGCGAUCCUCAGUAGUUACCUAGGUAUACCGCACAUAGCUGUGACGACGACAACGAGAUAUUUUCUUUUUCACGAACGCCUCUACGGGAUUCCAGCGCCUUCAUCGUACGUACAAUAUUCACUCCCCUUAUCAGAUCAGAUGACGUUUCUGGAGCGGGUUGCCAGCUUCAUGGACCAUAACCUUGUGUCGAGAUUUUUAGAGUGGGUUCACUUCGGAGCUUUAGACGAGAUAAAGGACGCGCAUGGUAUUGCUCCAGGACGAAGCACCCAAGAGCUCGUAGGAGAUGCAGAGUUGUGGAUGUGCAUGACGAGCUUUGCCUUUGAUUUCCCUCACCCAACAGCACCCAACUGGGUAGCUAUCGGAAAUACGGUCGGUGUCCCAGCAAGACCGUUAGACAAGGUAAACUACAUGAUGAUUAUAUCUAUAGCUUAUGGCUAUACCCAUACUUUCUUUCCUGUACACGUGUGGGUGGAGCAAAUGCAAGUGUGGAUGAAAGUUUUCCAAAUUGAUAUGACUAGAAUUCAAACCUAUAUCGAUUGUGAUCUAUCAAUAAUUUUACACUCCAGGCCCUACACAUUCCUAAUGCAGUAUCGGACUCGACAUUGAUAUUCUGAAAUCGAAAUGAUAAUAAUACAUUCUCGUGACUUAACAAUUUCAUUUUUAGAUUUGCGCGAAGCGCUGAGGGAGCCGAAUACAAAGUGACAGAGAAAGAUGAAAAUAUAGGAAGAAGAAGAAUGAAAAAGAAAAGAAGAAGAAGACGACAAAGAAGAAAAAGAUAAGAAGAAGAGCAAGAAGAAGACGAAGAAGAAAAUAUGAAGAAGAAGAAGAGGAAGAAGAAGAAGAAGACUUU